CUGUCCUUCAGGGAACAACCCAUCUUCAGUACCCGAGCUCAUGUCUUCCAGAUUGACCCAAACACUAAGAAGAACUGGGUUCCCACCAGCAAGCAUGCUGUUACUGUGUCCUACUUCUAUGACAGCACAAGAAAUGUCUACAGGAUAAUCAGUUUGGAUGGCUCAAAGGCAAUAAUAAAUAGCACUAUCACCCCCAACAUGACAUUUACUAAAACAUCCCAGAAGUUUGGCCAGUGGGCAGACAGCAGGGCGAAUACAGUCUAUGGCUUGGGAUUUUCAUCUGAACAUCACCUUUCAAAAUUUGCUGAAAAAUUUCAGGAAUUCAAAGAAGCUGCACGACUAGCAAAGGAAAAAUCCCAAGAAAAGAUGGAGCUAACAAGUACACCCUCUCAAGAAUCAGCUGGAGGGGAUAUUCAGUCUCCUUUAACGCCAGAAAGUAUUAAUGGGACAGAUGAUGAGAGAGCGACGCCAGAAGUGACGCAGAACUCAGAACCAAGGGCUGAACCAACCCAGAACGCAUUGCCAUUUACCCAUAGUUCGACAAUCAGCAAGCAUUGGGAGGCAGAAUUGGCCACGCUCAAGGGUAAUAAUGCUAAGCUCACAGCAGCCCUGCUGGAGUCCACUGCCAACGUAAAACAAUGGAAACAACAACUUGCCGCAUAUCAGGAGGAAGCAGAACGUCUUCAUAAGCGGGUGACUGAGCUAGAGUGUGUGAGCAGUCAAGCCAAUGCAGUCCACACGCAUAAAACAGAAUUAAACCAGACAAUACAGGAGUUAGAGUCUACGCUGAAGAAAAAAGAAGAGGAAAUAGAAGGAUUGAAACAAGAAAUCGACAAUGCCAGAGAGCUCCAGGCACAGAGGGAUUCUCUGACCCAGAAGUUACAGGAAGUAGAAAUUCGAAACAAAGACCUGGAAGGCCAGCUGUCUGAUCUAGAGCAACGUCUGGAGAAAAGUCAGAAUGAGCAAGAAGCUUUUCGCAAUAACUUGAAGACACUUUUAGAAAUUCUUGAUGGAAAAAUAUUUGAACUAACAGAGUUACGAGAUAACUUGGCCAAGUUAAUAGAAUGCAGCUAA